CAACCCAACGCGUGACGUGCUGUUUUGACGUCAGCGGGCAUGUUUGUUUAUGAGGCUGGUGGAGUUGCGAAGCGGUGCGGCGUCUCAAAUAGCGGGACAGUAAACAUCCAGCUAUGAUCUGAGCGGAUCAGAGCAGAGGUAGUGAGGGUCCUGGGAUGGCGGUGUGUGCUCUGUCCAUGUUUGAUGGGGUGGGGGACGAGGCCACAGCGGUGGGUGGUGUGGUCAUCCUGGUCCUGGCCCUCGUCCUGGCCUGGCUGUCCACUCACGUGGCUGACCGUGGGGACCACAUCCUGGGCACCAUCCUGACUGUGGGUGCCCACGCGUCCCUAAUUGGCCUAGGAGGCCACGACAGCUAUGCAGGACCCCCAGCCAGCUCAGAACCUGGAGAGCAGCAGAGCGACGACCCAACAGAGGAGGACAAGCAGGAGGAGGAGGAGGAAACUGGAGAGGAUGGAUCAGAUGAAGGAACAGGAGAGGAGCUGCUAGACAUCCAGGGAGGGCGGAAGAAAGUGAGCCGUGGGCGUACAGAGGAUGAGGUGGGAGAGGAUGAGGGGACGGAGGAUGAAGAGGAUGAAAGCACAAGCAUUACUGUGCGUCUAAAGUUUCUGAAUGAUACUGAGGAGCUGGCAGUGCUGAGGCCUCAAGAUACAGUGGGAGUGUUGAAAAGUAAGUACUUCUCUGGACGUGAGCGGCAGAUUAAGCUGAUUUAUCAGGGGCAGCUGCUGCAGGACCCGCGCCGCACACUGCUCUCCCUCAACAUCACUCACAACAGCGUCCUCCACUGCCACAUCUCUCAGGCCCAGGCCCCAGCUUUGCAAGACCCCGACCCAGAAGAAGCGUCUCGCCCUGGAACAGGCGCGGGUUUCAGCAGGGGUCUGAGCAGCGGUCUGCGCUCGGCUGCCCUGACCCUCAGCACCGGCAGCCUGGUAGUGCCUGUGUUUGUGGUGCUGCUGGCCGUGGUCUGGUACUUCCGCAUCAACUACCGGCAACUUUUCACUGCACCGGCCACCGUCUCUCUUGUGGGAGUCACUGUCUUCUUCAGCUUCCUCAUCUUUGGCAUGCAUAGCCGGUGAAGGCAGACAAACGAGCAGACAGACAUUCGGAUGGAAUUAAGAAGAGACCCGAAUGGAUGAAAGGUGCCAAUUUGACAGGAGAACUGAGGAGUGACUGAAAUGUUAUGAAACUAUUGUGACUGAAAUGUAUUAGAUGGAAAAAGAGCAGUAGAUGCGUUGGGUACAGAAGGAAUGGGAUAGCAGACGUGUACUCAGGGAGCCUCAAGGCUUCUGGUGCCAUUUAGUUGACUGGAAUGGUGUGUGUGAGAGAGCGUGUGUGUGUAUGUGUUCCCAGAUUUACUUGUGGAUGCUGUAAUUAUGCUUUUGAAUCAUAUAACCUUUGUAAUAAUUUAAUCUCAAACUGAGGCCUAGUUUGUCCUCAGUUAUAUUAGGGCUCUUGCUGGUCUUUUCACGGAUAUGAUGUUAAUGUUGUUUUAAUGGUCAGUAGGUCUUAUUUCGUUUGUUACAACUCCACAGACUCCUCAGCGCUCAUGCUCAUGAGAAGGCACAAAAAUAGAAAUAAAACGUGCAGAUUUCAUUAACAGCCAUCUGUUUUUCAAAUUAAUGUCAGCUGUCAAAUUAACUCAGUUUGUGUUGUGUUGGACUCCAGGUGAUCAUUUAAUAUUCAUAUUUAUUCAAAUAGCUUUUUUUUCCCUUUGCAGUCCAUUUCAUAGCUUUCCUUGUUUUUUCAUACUGUGUGUCACAGCUAAAUAUAGGUGAUGUUUUUGUCCUUUGCUCUCAUGAAAAAAGACAGGGUUACCAUGUUAACAAGUGCUAAACAAAGAAAAGCAAAGUCAUGUAAAUAAAGGAGUAUUUUCUGUACGCAACGUCAAAUGGGUGGAUAUAAACCUAGCAAAAAUGACAUUUUGUAGUUUUGCCACAGAAGUGUUUUGUCUGUAAACCUUCAUGUGUGUCACACGUCAGUUUUGAAAGAUGAGAGUUGGCACAAACAGGCCAGUAAAAUAAGUUGUUCUCUCAUCCUCGAUGAUAUUGAGAUUGCUCUUUGUAAAGACUUUUUUGCUUGCCUUGAAGUAUGAAAAUUGAUUUUAGCUUUUGGCUUGCAUUUUUUUGAUAUUGAGUUCAGAUUAAAUUUGAGAAAUGUUUUAAAUAUAUCUGGAAUUUGACAAAUAUUCUGCUGUAAAAAUUCACAAGUAAAAAUUAUUUUAGCAUGCCAGAUUAAAACUUUCAGUACUAAAAGGUUAUGCCUUUUCAAAUUUCACAUUAAUGAAAGGAAACAAUUGGGCUAGUAGGAAUUAAAUGUGAACUUCUGAA